CUUCGUUAUUCGGUCUACCACCAGAAGCAACGGCUAUAACAUUUAUAUACUAUUUUUUGACGAAAAUGACCUCAAGCGGUUUGCACACUACAUAUACUGUACUACACGAUACACUAUAGUACUGUAAUGAUUCUCUGCCCGAAAAGGGGCUCGCAGUCUAAAAACGAAACCGAACAGAAGCCUUAAGGGAGACACUGGCCAACAGCCCCUCCUGGGCUCUGUAGGAUCAAUUGCUCUCCUCCUGCUAAAUGUUGAAUCACCCUUUAAAAGAUGCCUCCACCCAGCAUCAAACACUUCUCUGAUGUCUUAAAUAUAUUGGAACCCAGUAUUUAUUCAUUCAUCCGUUCAGUUUAUAUACCACCCUUCCUAAAGUGGUUCGAGGCAGUUUGCAUUAUUAAAAUAAAGUAACACAUAAUAAAACAAUGAAAAAUUAAGAAAACCCAAUUUAAACCAGAUUAAAACUCAUUAAAAUUAAGAGUAGAUAGUAUUUAUUUAUUUUGUUUAUAUUCUGCCCUUCCUAAAGUGGCUCAGAACAGUUUACAUUAAUUUUUUUUUUAAAAAAACCUAUUUAUUUAUUUAUUUAUUUAAUACACAUUUUAAGCCAGAUUAAAACUCAUUAGAAUUAAAACUAGAUAUUUAAAGAAGGGCUAAAAAGAUGGGUCUUUAGGCUCUCCUGAAAGUCUGCAAGGAAGAUAAUCCUCUUAUAUCCAUGGGGAGUGUGUUCCACAACCUAGGAGUGACAACUGAGAAGGCCCAAUCCCAGGUUGCCUCCAGAUGAACUGGUGGCACCCAAAGAAGGACCCCUCCUGAUGAUCUUAAUCAAUGGUGGGGAUCUUUAGAGAAAGGUGCUCUCUCAGAAUAGGACCACUUUCAAAUUUGAACCUUCAGAUGAAGAGAAAAGAAAGGUGGAAAGUAGUUGCAUCUUCACUGAUUUUAAAUAACUAAUUUAUUGAAGAUAUUUUAGGUUGCUUUUCUAUUAAAACAUACACACAAAGCAACUUUGUGAAGGAAUAUUACAUCUGCUGGACAAAGAUAUAAAAACAUCCUGUAGAGUCACUUGCCUGGAAGCUCUUCGCAUUCUCUCAAGAGACAAGAAAGUUUUAGUUCCUGUAACAACAAAAGAAAACUUGCAAAUCUUGAUGAAGCUGGCAAAACUGGACACCAUGGAAGAUCCUUUGGAGGAUGUCGCUGAUUUCCCUGUCAUAGUGGAAGCUUUAAAAUGCCUUUGUAACAUUGUUUUCAACAGUCCAGCUGCACAGAAACUCAGUCUGGAACUGAACCUGGCAGCUAUGCUUUGCAAUCUCCUGAAAAAGUGCAAGGAUCAACAAUUUGUCGAAGACAUUAAAUGCUUUGAUUUACGCCUCCUCUUCCUCCUUUCCCUUCUGCACACAGAUAUUAGGUCACAGUUGCGUUAUGAUCUUCAGGGAUUGCCACUGUUGACUCAGGCCUUGGAAAGUGCAUUUAGCAUAAGAUGGACAGAUAAAUAUAUCACAGCUGAUGACCAAGAAAUGUCACCUUUGUCACUACAAGAGACGGAUUGUGCUAUUGAAGCCCUGAAAGCUCUCUUUAAUGUAACACUCGACAGCUGGAAUGUACACAGUGAGAAUGACUCUCAUGAAUUCCGUUAUAUGACUGCCAUUCUGCGUCACUGCUUAUUAACUCUGGGCCCCACUGAAGACAAAACAGAAGAGUUGCACAGCAAUGCAAUCAACCUUUUAAGCAAUGUUCCAGUUUCUUGUUUGGAUGUCCUUAUAAGUCCUUCAACUCAAGAGUCCGCAGAAGAAACCGAUAUAAAAUACAAUGGUAUGAAUAUGGAUGCAAUUCAGGUCCUGCUGAAAUUUAUGGAGAAGAGAAUUGACAAGGGAAGCAGCUAUCGGGAAGGUCUCACCCCAGUUCUCAGUUUACUGACAAGAUGCUGCCGAUCCCAUCGGAACAUAAGGAAAUUUAUAAAAGCUCAGGUUUUGCCUCCUUUGAGAGAUGUAUCUAAUCGUCCUGAAGUUGGCACAACACUGAGAAACAAACUAGUGCGUCUCAUGACUCAUGUUGACCUCGGAGUGAAGCAAAUUGCUGCAGAAUUCCUUUUUGUCCUUUGUAAAGAGAGAGUUGACAGCUUACUGAAGUACACUGGCUACGGCAAUGCAGCAGGACUGUUAGCAGCAAGGGGCCUACUAGCAGGAGGAAGAGGGGAAAACUGGUACUCGGAUGAUGAAGAUACAGACACUGAAGAAUACAAAUCUGCAAAGCCAAACAUUAACCUUAUCACAGGCCAUUUAGAAGAGCCAAUGCCCAACCCUAUGGAUGAAAUGACGGAAGAACAAAAAGAAUAUGAAGCCAUGAAACUUGUCAACAUGUUCGAUAAGCUUUCUAGAGACAAGGUUAUAACACCGAUGGGAGUGCGACCAGAUGGCACAAUGACUCCUUUGGAAGAAGUCGUAUGCCAGUACCAAACCAAUGAGCAAGAAACUUCAGACUCUGACUAGAGCAUCAGCUGCUUCACUCUCUCACAUCCACCUUCCUUUAUACUUAUGGCAUCUUUUUAUUAUCUAAAUAUUAGACCUUUCACAUUAACCCAGUGUUGCAGCAACUGGUUUAUGUAUCAAAGUGUUUAAAUUAUUCUGUGAUGUAAUAUUAGCAUUUCUAAGGCCUCUGUUUACAUAGCAAUGGAUAAUAAGUUAUUAACUUAAAGCUAAUUGUAUUUCAAUGGGUUGAAAAAUGUGCUGUGAAAUUUAAAAAGAUAAAACUUAAUAUUUGCUUAAGACAUUGUAAUAGAAGUAUCUCUCUUUUUUUAAGUUGUUGUUGCCUUUUUCAACACUCUACACAAAAGAGGGAAUUUAUCUGGAAUCUCAAAUCAAAACUGACACAAAUAAAACUCUCGAUUUGGCUUAAGAAGAUACCCAACAGGUAAUCUAUUUAAUCAGUAUUCAAUAUUUUUCCUUUGUUUCUCACCAUCAUAAUUAAAUGGUCUCUAAAGGACUUUUGAGCCUUGUUAAAUCGAUCAGUAUAAACCACUAAACUACAAAUGGUUUUUUAUUGUUUCUAUACUUAAGUUCCAGGUAGACUCGUCAGUUGUGUCAGGAUAUUUUUACUUGUCCCCAGUGUCAGCUUUGAGAAUCUAGGUCACAGUAAACUGGCGCAUAGCUUGUUACUUCAAGAGGGUUAUCUACAUGGCCUAACCUAGUGUUCUGUAACCCUGACCCCUACUCUUUGGCCUCUGCACAGUCCAAACACAUCACCAAUGGCUGGCUAUGCUAGACAAGGGGGUUACAGAGUCAUGGGUUGGACAAGCCAAUCUCUCCUGUCCCUCAAUUGCUUUUUUAAAGGCUACAUAUGAAAGUAAGCUCUAAUGUAUGAAGCAGUGGAAAUGGAGGAUAGGCUGCCUUGAACUGUAUUGCGUAUAUGAACAUAAUCUUACUGUAUAAUAAAUGCUCAAAAGUGGAGGGUGUGUAAUGUUCUGACAGUAAAACUUCACAUAUAAACUAAA